GGUUCCUAUUCCGCAGGUGAAUUGCUCACCUGGAUGCAGCAGAGCAAUUUGGGCUAUCAGGUGCUACAGCAGGCCCUUAUCGACGAUCAUUUAGAUACGGAUGACAUGGAAGCCAUGUGUGUGACGCAAGUACGCGAUCUUCUACAGGCAGUGGAGUCCAAAAAUCUAUACUCCCUUAGAGUUCUGGAUUCGUGGGGAAAAUUUCCACAGGGAUUGCUUUAUGGCCAUUUCAUGGAUAUGGGAAACUACGAUUCUUGUCUCAGUCUCGAAAAUGGCAGCAGUAAAUACUGUCUGGCCAAUAUUCAGUUCGAAAGCUUACAGGCCAAUUCAAUAGUUGGUCUAACCCUAAGUAUUGGCACUUGUAUGCCAUCCACGUGCAGUGCGGAACAGCUUAAUCGCUGGUUAACCAACUAUCUGAAUGCUCUUUUCGCCGACAAUUCUGUGACGGACGGAACUCUGGUACAGGAAGGCAACUGUGCCUUGGCCCAAAAUGAUCCCAUGACCGGACUCGAUUGGUUUGCAGUUUGUCUAUUCGCCAUUUUGGGUGGAUUAGUUCUCCUGGCUACCGUUUUAGAUUAUGCCAAAGUCUCUAGCAAGCCUCUGAUGUGCUUUUCAUUGCGUCAGAAUGUCCCUCAACUGGUUAGGACAUCGACAACAAGUUCUCCGCACGUUAUUCCCUGUUUAAAUGGUAUUCGUUGUCUUACCAUAAUUUGGAUAAUCUACGGUCAUGGCUACAUGUACCUACUUUUGUCGCCCAGUGUAAAUGCUCUUGAAGUUUCUGCCUGGGCUGAAACGCCCUUCUCCAUGAUAUUGCAGAGCGGUACCAUUUCGGUAGAUACAUUCUUUCUCCUCAGUGGAAUGCUUUUGGUAAUGUCCACUUUGAGACACUUGGAGCGCAAUUCCGGUAGCCUUAAUAUCCCUUUGAUGUAUCUCCACCGUAUUGUUCGACUUACGCCCGUUUUAGCCGUGGCUGUGCUCUUCUUUAUGACUCUGUUUGUGCGCCUGGACAGUGGGCCACUUUGGCAACAGUUCACCAGUCAAUCUCAACUCUGCAGCGAGACGUGGUGGGCCACUCUUCUCUAUGUUCAGAACUAUGCGGCAGCUGGAAGAAUGUGCCUGGGACACUCUUGGUAUUUGGCUGUGGAUAUGCAAUUGUAUAUCCUUUCUCCAAUUUUUCUAAUUUCCCUCUAUAAAUGGGGCAAGAAAACGGUCGUUGCCAUCGUUGUGCUCAUUGUAUUGCUCAUGGGUUGUGUCUUUAGUAUUGUGAUGUUGAAUGAUCUGCAGGUUUUCAAUCGCGAUGGAAAUCUUGGAGAAGACAGUCCUGAGAUGCGUCUCAUUUACUAUACAACGAAUGCCCGGGCUAAUCCUUGGUUCAUCGGUCUCCUUUUUGGCUAUUUUCUACACUGCAAUCGCAAUCGCCGGCGUCUUCCCAGAUGGUUUACUCUCCUUCUCUGGCUGAUCUCUUUCGCUCUUCUGGCCACAGUCAUCUUUGCCAUGUAUCCCUAUACACAAGAGGGAUCAGAGAUUAUCACACCCUUGGCUGGAGCCUUUUAUUUGUGCUUUAGCCGAAUUGCCUGGUCCCUAGCCCUGUGCUGGCUUAUAUGGACUUGUCACACUGGCCAAGCCGGGAUCAUUAAUUCUCUGCUUAGUUGGUCCUUCUGGGAACCUCUUUCUCGGAUCUCCUACUGUCUUUACAUCUGGCAUCUGAUAGUGGAAACUGUACAUACGGCUCGCAUAAAGACAAGCGUUCAUUUCUCCAACUACGAUGCAAUUCUAAACUUUUGGUCGCACUUUGGCGUCACUCUGAUUGUAUCCGUAGUAAUGUAUUUAUGUAUUGAAGUUCCUUUGGUUAAGCUGGAGACGUAUUUGCUUAGCCACCGAAAAAAGGAGACUCCAAGGCCUCAAUCCGUACGCGAAGCCGUUGCCCCAAUUGGCGUUUCACAACAGAAUCUUGUGGAUGCCUAA